GUUCUUAUGAUUUUCUUCUCCUUGGUCGGAUACGCUGUGUGUUAUGCACAAGUAUUGGACCGUGGGCAAACUGCUUGGAAAUGCGCAUUCCUUGAUGGUGGAUAAACUUGCUUGAAUGUGGGUAAACUCGUCUCUGAUGGCAGGCGGAUAUGCGGGAUAAAGCGCAAACAAAAGUUAUAUGUACGAUUGGACCCAGCUCAAACUCCUUGAAAAUGCUCAUUGCUCUCAUUCAAGCUGGAAUGACAGCUGCCCGUUUUGAUCUCACGUACGGUGAUUGGAAUGUGCAUGAGAUCAAGGAGAAGCGUAAGAGAAGUGCCGAAAAGCAGGUGGGCGACAGCCCUCCUAUGGUGACUCCAGCGAAUCGGACUACGAAGUUGGGCACUCUCAAUCCGAAACGGCUACAACUAAGCUGCGGAUGUCAAGCGAUGAAGAAGACACCGAAGAAGAAAUCUCCCAUGCAAAGCUCUUUGAAGAAGAAGAAGAAGAUUCCCGCGGGCACUGGCGAGAUGGGUAAGCUACGCUACGUGACGGAUACUCUGCGAGAACUGGGCAGUUUGAAUGUCGACGAGUUGAAGCUCGUCUGUCGUGCCGAGGAUGUGCCAUACGAAGGGAAGAAAAUGGAGACCAUUCUGGCUAUUACGGAGAAACGUACGCAAACUGCUUACGGCUCCAACAAAGAUGUUAACGAACCAUUGGGCAUUCUUCAGGAACCGACCGAGGUAGCGGAGAAGCAAGAUGAGAGCGAUGAGUCUUAUCUUCUAUUGCCAGUCGAGACUUGUCGAUCGGAAGAUUUACCGUCGUUGGAACAGUUGUAUCUCCAGCGUUGGAAUCCAGUUCUCAAUACUACAGGCGUGAAAGGGAAAGGCAAGGGUAGGAAGAACCGACAAAAAGGGAAACACGAGCGUAGCAAGCUGAUGGGAGUGACGCCAUGCAGAACUGACUCUGCGGCGGUAUUACCUGUCAAAGCAAAAAUAGCCAACAACGACGACUGGAUGGUUGAUAUCUUUCAGCUGCUUAAGUCGCAGGAGGAACAAGGAUGUCGAAAGUUCAGUUUAUGCACUCAGCGUGGGAACAGCUGGUGCAGGGGUUGGAAAUUGAUCAGGUCAGCAUUUGGUAAUUCGGUCGUUAAGCUCGACGGCCGUAGGACGAAGCUUUUUGCAUGCAAGAAAAUCAUGGAGGAAGGCGCUCGCCUCAACAUUGAACAACUACGGAGAUGGGUACCGAAGGCAGGACCCGACAAGAAGUUCCUACGAACCCUCUUUCGUAAUCCAAAAAGGAUGGAUGCCCUCAAGAACUGUAGCCUUGACGUGCUGACCAGACUGAUGAAGGCCGCUGCUGAUUUUCAAAAAACGUCGACUACUGCUUAUCUAAGAAGGAUUAUCGCCAGGGCCAUCAAAGACACUUACGGUUGGAGUACUAAUGCUAGAAUUGUGGUACGUUUGAAAUUUGAUGAUCGGAUUAGAUUGGUUGAAGUCCGUAAGGUAGUUAAUGAUAGAAUCGAAGGGAUGGAGAUCCCGGACUGCAUGAAGGACGUUGCUCGAGGUGAUGUUCGGAUCGUAUGGGUUAAGAACCCAUCCGUCGCCAACAUGCUACACAAUCAGCGGGCAUACGCCGGUGCUGAUGUGUUGACCUGCACAUGUGCAGGAUUGCCCUACCCCAGGGUAGGUGACCACGUGCAAUUCCGCUUGCAGGACUUGGAGGGUGUGCAUUCCCUAAUCUGCAACGCUAAUAAUGUGCCGAAGCGGACAGAAUUGGACCGUGCUAAGCAGCUGGCGGUGGAAAUCUCAGUGGGUAUUCGAUCGUGGCCAAACUUCAGAGGCAACGACCUGACUAUCACCAGAUCUGACACAGCUAGGUGUAUGAUGUCCAGGAGUCAUGAUGGGGAGAAGUAUCUCAAUCCAGUAGAAGUGUAUCGUGUGAAGAAGUUACUAGAGGAAUUCGUGUUGACGCCUCUGGACAGGAAUCCGGGAGCGACCUUGGUUCUCUGCCCGAAGUUGUACUUCGAGGCGAUGAUGAACUUGUUUGUUCUGUUGCCAGGCUACAGUAUCAUCACGGAGACUGAGGCUACUAUACAUACGAGGAUGAGAGCCGAUGCCAAAUCGUUGGAUCUGCAGCAGUUCAUAAGAUGGGACUCAAAAGGAAAAAUUGGCGAGGCAUACGUGAUGCCAAAACAUAAGGACCUGUCGAGGUAUCGACCGAUCUGUCCUACAUUCUUCGAGCCUACGAACCUGGGGAGCUUGAAGCGCAACGUGUUCGGAUGUCGACUCAUGGAUGAUGUUAGUGUGGUGAUCUUUCGGGGAGGCAAGAAGCGGGUUAACGUGGAAUUGAUCAAGGACAACUUCGAAAGGUGUUAUCCUGAGAAUUUAAAGCUACUACGUACGGAUGAUGGCGGAGGUUUGGAACCCGGGGUUGCAGUUUUGAACUCGGGCUGGGGGUUUUGGGUUUCGAACCCUGGGUUGCAGGACACUCUGAUGACACGGAUGGAGCUCUUCGAGAAGGCCGAGCAGAUUAUUGUCACGAACAAGGAGGCUAAGAACCUCCAGUACUCCCGCUCGGGGGCGUGUGCCAAGUAUGGAGUGGUGGCUGCCGACUUGGAAACCCAGAUCAGCUGGGAUGAUCUAGAAGCGGCGUGGCAUAAGCGGUUCCAAGUAGAGCCGCCGAAGAUGAAGGCAACGGAUAAGCUGAUGACCUUCGAACAAGGCAUGUCGAGUGUUGACUGGAUUGCCGAGUACCAACGCUUGACAUCCGUCCGAGUGAUUCAAAUGGCCUUCAAAGCCAUCAAACACUACAUCUCGAGGUCAUGUUCGACGUUGGACAAUGCCUUGACUCACGUCGAGGACACCCUGAUGACACGGACGGAGCUCUUCGAGAAGGCCGCGCAGAUUAUUGUCACGAACAAGGAGGCUAAGAACCUCCACCGUUCGUCUACAGCGAUCAGCAUCGGCCAAAAGUGGCCGUGGUCGCGGCGGCAACGCCAAACGACCAAACUAACGAGGCGGUGUCUGCCAUUGAAGGGGAGAGACUCGCCGCCGGCCGGGAUGGUGGCCGCCCUGGCAAAGGCCGAGGAUGCAGCAAGGCGAAGACAAACACCGCAUCUAGCCCUGGGCCCGGCGCAACAGCCACAGCCUCAUGGUCCUACUAUGUUCUCUCCGAGCAAGCAUACAAGGCACGCAGGAGAUUCCAGUAUUGUUUGUGGUGCAACAACGAUCUCCACGAGACAGUGGGCUGGCCGUCGAAAGGCAAGGGCAAAUCGGGAAACUGAGCACUGUCGGGAGUGACUCGACCACAUUCUCGACGCCUUCGGAACC